CAUAGAACAAUGAGAAGGAGGCACAAAAAAAGGAUGAGGGACGCACAAAUUGGUCGAAUGGCAUAGAGUUCCUCAUGUCCUGCAUAUCCGUAUCAGUGGGCCUGGGCAAUGUCUGGCGUUUUCCAUUUACCGCCUACGAGAAUGGAGGAGGUGCAUUCCUUAUACCAUAUAUCAUAGUGCUAUUCCUGAUCGGCAAACCCAUGUACUAUCUGGAGAUGAUAAUGGGCCAGUUCACGAGUCAAGGAACGGUCAAGAUCUGGUCCAUUUGCCCAUCGUUUGUGGGCGUCGGCUAUGGCCAGGCCUUUGCCACAAUCUGCAUCAUUACGUAUUACUCAUCGUUGUUGGCCUUGACGCUCUACUAUCUGUUCGUGUCGUUUCAAUCGGAAUUGCCCUGGUCCUACUGCAGGGACGAAUGGACCAACUGCGUCAACUCGAUACCAACCGAGUUUGUGGAGACGGCAUUGGGGAAUACUACCUCGGCAUUGGCUCAGCAGGCAAACACUUUGUCGAACACUACCAAACUGCAGAGCAGCUCCGAGCUCUACUUCCUUAACGUUGUCAUCAAGGAGAAGUCGGAUAUAUCAGACGGCAUAGGUAUACCCGAUUGGAAGCUAACUAUUGCAUUGUUUGUCUCCUGGGUCGUCAUAUUCCUGGUGAUAAUGCGGGGCGUUAAGAGCUCCGGCAAGGCGGCCUAUUUCCUGGCCCUGUUCCCCUACGUAGUGCUCUUCGCCCUGCUGGGCCGAGCCGUCACCCUGGAGGGCGCUGUCGACGGCAUCAUCUUCUUCCUACAGCCCCAAUGGGGCGAACUGUUGAACCCCAUCGUCUGGAAGGAGGCUGUCGUCCAGUGCUUCUUCUCGCUGGCCGUCGGCUGUGGCCCCAUCAUCAUGUUCGCCUCCUACAAUCGGUUCGAUCAUGGCAUCUACAGAGACGCCAUGAUAGUCACGACCUUGGAUACGUUGACUAGUCUGUUGGGCGGUAUUACCAUAUUCGCCAUACUGGGAAAUUUGGCGCAUAAUCUGAAGGCGGAAAAUAUACGGGAUGUGGUGCGCAGUGGCACGGGCUUGGCGUUCAUUUCCUAUCCGGAUGCAAUAUCCAAGUUUCAGGCAGUGCCGCAGCUCUUCUCGGCGCUCUUCUUCUUCAUGCUGUUCGUGCUGGGCAUUGGAUCGAUUGUGGCGCUGCAGAGCACCAUUGUGACCAUCAUCUGUGAUCAGUUCAAGUCAUGGAAGUACUGGAAGGUAGCGCUGGCCACAUCCGCUUGUGGUUUCCUCAUGGGCUUGGUCUAUGUUACGCCGGGCGGUCAAUGGAUUUUGACCCUAGUCGAUUUCUAUGGAGGCACCUAUGUGGUCUUCAUAUUGGCCAUUUUUGAACUGUCUGGCAUUGUGUGGAUAUAUGGUCUACAAAACUUUUGCGAUGACAUCGAAUUCAUGAGCAACAAGAAGGUUUCAAUGUAUUGGCGCCUCUGUUGGUCGUUCUUCACGCCAGUUAUGAUGAUUGUGAUAUUCAUCUACUCGAUGGCGACCAUCCAGCCGAUCAAAUACAGUGAUCAAUACUUUCCCCUUGCUGGAGACGUUGCGGGUUGGCUCCUCUUUGCUGUGGGCGCUGCUCAGUUUCCGCUCUGGGGCUGGUGGUACAUUGCGACCCAUAGGCAUGGCAGUUGUGCUGAGUCCAUCAAGGCCUCGCUAAAGCCCAGCAGCAAGUGGGGUCCCGCCAGUCCAGAGAACCGUCAGGCCUGGCUUCUGUUCAAGAGCGAUUUGGCUGCCAAGCGGGCGAACGAGGCGAAAUCGAAUAAGUUUGGUUUCUUCCAGCAGAAGCUGCGCAACAUGUGCGGCAAAUAGAGUCAGAGAUUAAACAGAU